AUGGUGAUCGAAGCAAAGGAUGUCGAGAAGCCUGAUCUCGAUCUUUCAACCGUGCGUCGGAUCCUCGUUUUGGACUUCUCUGCUGUAAAUUACAUCGACUACAUGGGAGCCAAAACAUUGAAAGAGGUGAUUGCCGAGGCGAGAAGGUGCAAUAUCGUCAUCUACAUAUCCGGCGCAAACGGAUCUAUCCUGGAUUGCAUGGAAAAGGCAAAGAUUACGCCAGACGAGAUACCCGCCAUCCACAUCUUCCAUCAAAUAAAUCAAGCCUUCACAUACGCAAAGAGCACCAGUAAGCCGCAU